AUGGCUUGGAUUUUUCUUGAUUGUGUUGAGAAAUUGAGAAUGUGUGAAGAGCUCUUCAGUUCCUUGCUUGCUGUGAUUUCCCUGGUUGGUGUCAUUUGCGGUGGACUGAUACUGUGUGUUCUGCUCAUUCAUUUUCAUCCCCUUGUGUUAAGUGCAUAUGGUCAGGCCUAUGGCUUGGAUUUUUCAUUGAUUGUGUUGAGGUUAUGCUUCACAAUGUUAUGCACUAAUAAGCUGAAAUUGAGAAUGUGUGAAGAGCUCUUUAGUUUCUUGCUUGCUGGGAUUUCCCCCGUUGUUGUCAUUUGUGGUGGAGUGCUGCUGGGUGUUCUGCUCAUUCACUUUCAUCCCCUUGUGCUAAGUACAUGUGGUCAGGUUGGUUAUUUGUUUACUGUUUUACCUUCUGCGUCUGUGACGUAUUUUUUUGUUUUGGACUUGGAUCUGUGA